CACGGCCGUCGUCGCCAUUUCUCGGUUGCCAGUUGGGUGUUUUUUUUUCCGGUCUUCCUUUUGCUCACAGAGAGAAAAAGGGUGAGCAGAAAGGUGUAGAGAGCGGUUUCGGAGAGAAGAAGCGGUUUCUCGGCGGCCAUUUCCGGUUUUCUGGUCACGCUAUAGUCAUGGUGAGGAAGAGAAGAACAGAAACUUCUGGGGCUGCAGAUAAAUCUGAGUCUCAGGAGCCAAGUGGCAGUGCUGGGCGAGGUGGGUCGCAGCAUCCAGUUGAGAGGGCUUCAAUGCCACAGCAACACGGAGGUGGGGGAGGAGGACGUGGCCAGGGUCUAGCCAACCCGCAGCAGUCUCAACAAGGAGGCCGUGGCAGUGGAUUUUACCAGAGUCACGGCUCCAGACCGCAACAUCAGGGAGGAGUGGCUCGCCAUCAGGCUGGCCCACCUGCUGAGUACCAGGGCCGUGGUGGGCCCCAAACAAGAGCUCCACAGCAACAUUUUGGUGGACACAGAGGUGGUGGUAGCAUGACAAGUGGACAUGGGGGUGCCCUUGCUGCUGGUGCCUCAAGGCCAGCACUACCCGAGCUGCACCAAGCAACCGAGGUUCCAUAUCAAGCCACUGAACCAUCCCUGCCAGAAGCCAGCUCCUCAUCACAGCUCUUGGAUGUUUCUGCUGCCCAGGUGGCUCAACAGUUCGAACAUCUUGCUGUUCAGGGUCAAGCAUCUAGUAGCCAAGCAAUUCAACCGGCAGCUUCAUCAAGCAAAUCAAUGAGGUUUCCAUUGCGUCCUGGAAAAGGUAGCUUUGGUGUCAAAUGUGUCGUGAAGGCAAAUCAUUUCUUUGCUGAGCUGCCAGAUAAAGACCUUCAUCAGUAUGAUGUUUCAAUUACACCUGAGGUAACAUCUCGUGGCGUGAAUCGUGCUGUUAUGGGGGAGCUUGUCAGGCUACACAGGGAGUCUCAUUUAGGUGGUCGCUUACCAGCUUAUGAUGGGAGGAAGAGCCUCUAUACUGCUGGGCCGCUUCCAUUCACCUCCAGGAAUUUUGAAAUUAAUCUUUAUGAUGAGGAAGAUGGUCCAGGUGGCCAGAGACGAGAGAGGUUGUUCAAGGUCGUAAUAAAAUUUGCUGCUCGUGCUGAUCUUCAUCAUCUAGAAUUGUUUUUAUCUGGGAGGCAGGCCGAUGCACCCCAAGAUGCGCUACAGGUUCUUGAUAUUGUGCUUCGUGAGUUGCCUACUGCCAGAUAUGUACCUGUUGGUCGGUCAUUUUAUUCACCUGAUCUUGGGAGACGGCACCCACUUGGUGAGGGAUUGGAAAGCUGGCGUGGUUUCUAUCAGAGUAUUCGCCCAACGCAAAUGGGAUUGUCAUUAAAUAUUGAUAUGUCUUCCACUGCUUUCAUCGAGCCACUUCCUGUAAUUGACUUUGUAGCUCAGCUUCUGAACAGAGAUGUCUCUGCUAGACCACUGUCUGAUGCUGAUCGUGUGAAGAUCAAGAAGGCUCUGAGAGGUGUGAAAGUAGAAGUUACACACCGUGGCAACAUGCGCAGAAAGUACCGUAUAGGUGGUUUAACAUCACAGGCUGCAAGAGAGCUGAUGUUCCCAGUUGAUGAUCGAGGUACAAUGAAAUCUGUUGUUCAAUAUUUCCAAGAAACCUAUGGAUUUAAUAUUCAACAUACUACAUGGCCUUGCUUGCAAGUUGGUAAUCAGCAGAGGCCAAACUAUCUGCCAAUGGAGGUUUGCAAAAUUGUGGAAGGACAAAGGUACUCCAAGAGGCUGAAUGAGAAACAAAUAACCGCUCUUCUUAGGGUCACCUGCCAGCGGCCUGAUCAGAGAGAACGUGAUAUUAUACAGACUGUUGAACAGAAUGCAUACCAUGAUGACCCUUAUGCACAAGAAUUUGGUAUCAGAAUCGAUGAGAGACUUGCUUCAGUUGAAGCACGGAUUCUACCUCCACCAUGGUUAAAAUACCAUGAUACUGGUAGAGAGAAGGAUUGCUUGCCAAGAGUUGGUCAAUGGAAUAUGAUGAAUAAGAAAAUGAUCAACGGCGGGAGGGUCAGUAACUGGACAUGUAUCAAUUUUUCGCGGGCCGUGCAUGAUAAUGCUGCCAGGGAUUUCUGUCAACAAUUAGCUGUGAUGUGCCAAGUAUCUGGAAUGGAAUUUGCUCUACAACCUGUGCUACCUCCAUUAGGUGCUCGACCUGAACAGGUGGAAAGAGCUCUAAAAGCACGUUUUCAGGAUGCCACGAGCAUACUUACACCCCAGGGCAAAGAACUUGACUUGCUUAUUGUAAUACUGCCUGACAAUAAUGGUUCUUUAUAUGGUGAUCUGAAAAGAAUUUGUGAGACGGAUCUGGGCUUAGUCUCCCAGUGCUGUUUGACCAAGCAUGUUUUUAGGAUGAAUAAACAGUAUCUUGCAAAUGUUGCUCUUAAAAUUAAUGUGAAGGUUGGUGGAAGGAACACAGUGCUUAUGGAUGCCCUGACAAGGAGAAUACCUCUAGUCAGUGACAGACCAACAAUUAUAUUUGGUGCUGACGUGACACACCCACAUCCUGGGGAGGACUCUAGCCCUUCCAUUGCAGCUGUUGUUGCUUCACAAGAUUGGCCAGAAAUAACAAAAUAUGCAGGGUUGGUUAGCGCACAAGCCCAUCGACAAGAGCUGAUCCAGGAUCUGUAUAAAGUUUGGCAAGAUCCCCAGCGUGGAACUGUUGCAGGUGGCAUGAUUAGGGAGCUUCUCAUAUCUUUCAAGAAAGCAACAGGGCAAAAACCCCAGCGAAUUAUAUUUUACAGGGAUGGUGUCAGUGAGGGCCAAUUUUAUCAAGUAUUGUUGUAUGAGCUGGAUGCUAUUCGUAAGGCAUGUGCCUCCUUAGAGUCCAACUAUCAGCCACCGUAACUUUUGUGGUGGUUUCAAAAGCGUCAUCAUACGCGGCUGUUUGCUAAUAACCAUGCUGAUCCUCGUUCGGUUGAUAGGAGUGGAAUAUAUUUCCUGGCACCGUGUAGAUUCCAGGAUAUGCCAUCCAACUGAAUUUGAUUUUUAUUUGUGCAGUCAUGCUGCAUUCAAGGCACCAGCACGUCCUGUCCAUACUACCAUGU